AUGAAAUUUUUCUCAGAAUCCGCAACUGCUCAAAUCACAAUGGCCCCAACCAAGAAAAGAGUCAAGAAUGCUGGAACACUGGCAAAAGCUCCAAGAGCUAGACAAGCUUCAAGAGUUCUCAGGAAAAUAAUUCUGGGAAAAGUGCCCCAGCAAGAGUGGAAGUUUGAUACGACUGAAAAUAUAGUGUAUCUGCGCUACCAAACACAUAAAAUGGAAGAGAGUCUUAGUUACUCAAAUGCAAGAACCACGGCAAUUCUCAAUGAUCUGAGAGUUGCCACAAAAGAUGAAAUUUCCACAAGAGUGGUUGGUGAAAACUUCUAUGUAGAAGAGGAGAACACGGGAAGAUUGUUCAAAGUACAAUCUUUCCGUAUCCUUGAUCAGUGGGCACAUUUUGAGGUAGAAUGGGUGAUGAAAAGAAAAGCAGAAGAAAUGAUGGACGAAGAGGAAAAAGAAAAGAAGAACGCUCGUCGAGCUGAGAACGCCGCAGCUCAAUAA